UUGUAGUGUUACAUAUUGUUAUCACUGUCUGUGAAGUGAAACACUUUUAUCCAAGCCAAGCUUUGUUCUCGUCUUCUGUUUUAAUUAAUUGCUUAAUUGAUAUAUUUUAAUCAUUUAAAUCAAAAUGAUGACCAAUAUUAUCAACAACUCUUCGCUCCAGAGCGAAGAAGCGUUCGAUUUUCUAUUCAAAAUCGUCUUGAUCGGAGAUUGUGGUACUGGUAAAACUUGUGUCGUGCAACGUUUUCGCUCAGGAACUUACAUCGAACGCCAAGGGAGCACCAUAGGAGUUGAUUUUUCUAUGAAAACCAUUUUUUUGGAUGGAAAGAAAAUUAAGUUACAAAUAUGGGACACCGCUGGCCAAGAAAGAUUCAGAACAAUUACCCAAAGCUAUUAUCGUUCCGCAAAUGGAGUUAUAAUUGUUUAUGAUAUUUCUAAACGCUCUACGUUUUUAAAUUUACAAAGAUGGAUCGAAGAAGUCCGAAGGUAUACUGGUUCGAAUGUACUUCUCAUUUUAGUUGGAAACAAAUGCGAUUUAGAGAGUGAAAGAGAGGUGCAAUUAUCGGAAGCUGAAGAAAUGCGUGAUUACGUCCCCGAAAUAAUGUACGUGCUGGAAACGUCUGCCAAAGAGAAUAAAAACAUCGAUGAUAUUUUCAUUUGUUUGGCUGCCGAGUUGAAGAAACGACACGAUCAGAUGGCCAGUGUUGAAAACAACGAUGACGAAGACGAACCGGUGAAUUUAUCCGAAAGUGAAGCCGUCUCACAAUGUAACACAUGCAGUGUACAUUAAAAAACACACUUACAAUUUUGGAAACCCAGAUAUUUUUAUCGAUACAGUAUUAUUUCACGCUAUAUAAAACAUUCUUCAUUUUGGUAAUAAUUUAGUUAUAUUUUGUUUGUCAAGUACGAUAAAAAUCGUACUGAAGAAAUACGAUAGAAAGUAGUUUUUAAGGGGGAUACAUUUUAUGUUAAUUGAUAAUCAAAAACUAGAAAUAUCUGAGAAUACUUGCGAUUUCAAAGUAUUAAAUAUUAUAUUUCCUUAUACAUUAUGUAAGUUCGUACACACGAAACACCCUAACCUAGUAGGAUUAAUGAUCACGAAUUUUUUUUUUUUCAUAUUAUGUUUAUCUUCUGUACAGAAUGUCUGAGAGGGUUAGGAAUGGGUUGGUUACCAUGAUUUUUGUUGGGCCAGUUGCAUUUAAACUCGGAGUUUACAAAAUCUGCUGCAUAUUAGCCUUGAAAUGUAUUAUUGUAGUCAUUGUAAAGAAGUCAAACGGGUGAAAUGUUAGAAUUCCUUCUGUUUUCUCGAUCAUAUCAUUUUCAAAACUAAGCUCUAUUGGUAUUUUCAUUUUUAUGGCAAAUAUUUUAAAAUUGAAUCGUUUCAUGUCAAGGAUACAAUACGUAUUUCGGUUAAUUAUUUCACCGAAUGUAUGUAAAUAGUUAUAUAAAGUGAUGUUUGUAUACAAGCACUGAUAAUACGAAUACAAGUUCGAGCUUUUCUUCAAAUCAGUGCAUAUGUGUAGUAAUUAUACUUGAACUGCAACAUCACCAUCAUGUUUACCCUUCUAACUUGCCUGUUUGUUUAACGCUGUGAUAUAAUAAUUGCGCUUUAUUUUUAGAGUUUCAUUGUUUUUCUUCUUUUUUUCUUUCUAUUUGAUUUGUUUUAGAACUUUUUUUUUUUUUUUGUUUUCCAGGGUUUUUGUGUAUUUUGUAUAGUCUUCUAUAAAUGUAUGGCGAAUGUGAUUAGUAGCAACGAUUGAAUGAAUUUUUUGGUUUUAGAAACCUGAUGUCGUAAUUUAGAUCCUAAAACAUCAUCUUUUAUAUCCGAUUUAUAUUAUUAAUGAUCUCAUUUUCUAUAGUUCCUUGAAACGAAUGUUUAAAAAAUUGAAAAUAUCAAAUUUCAAUCUGUCGGUAAAUCGAAAUUGUGAAUUUCGUACAAAAGCUUUAUUAAAAUAGGAAAAGAUGAUUUGAUUCAUGAUUGCGUACGUGUAUAGAACUUGUUAAACUGACUAGCUCGUGUCUUUUUGAAACUAUUUACAUGAGUUGUGUUUCGAGGCUUUAAUAUAUCUAUUAUUAUCGUAAUGUUUGAUGUGAAAAUUCAAAAAUCACGUGCUACGACAAUAACGAAGUUCUUUAUUCAUUUCAUUCAUAUUUUCAUUUUGUUCCAUUAUGUGUACACAGUUUAAUUUUCUAAAAAAAACAAAAAAAAAAUCGUUAUUGAUCCAGUUUUAAUUAAUUUUAAUUUUCAUUGUUAUGUUUUAUCAAUCACUAGAAUUUAUGAAUUUGAAUUUUAUUCUGACCAGUUAGAUUUUUAAUGUUAAUCAUGUAUGUAUACAUGGCAUAUUAUGUAAAUAUAGUAUUUCGUUUAUGA